AUGGGUGAAGUUAUACCAUCCGGCAAAAAGCAGAUCAUCCUCAAUGCUUUCGUCAUGAAUACCCCGGGCCAUUUGGCACCCGGGCUAUGGAAGCAUCCUAGAAACAAGACCGAUCAGUACAAAACACUCUCAUUCUGGACCGAUCUAGCUCAGUUGCUUGACAAAGCCGGUUUCCAUGCGAUGUUCCUUGCGGACACCCUAGGGGCAUACGACGUGUACAAGGGCCCUAGUAAUGUUGUUCCCGCGUUGGCAUCAGGCGCGCAAUUUCCGGUCAACGACCCAUUGUACCUUGUUCCUGCCAUGUCUGCCGUCACAAAGAAUCUCAUUUUUGGAGUGACCGCCAGCGUGACAUACGAGAAACCGUACGCGCUCGCACGCCGACUCUCUACCGUGGAUCACCUCAGCCAGGGCCGCCUGGCAUGGAAUAUUGUCACCUCGUAUCUGGACAGCGCAGCCCGAAACCACGGGCUGAACGAGCAAAUUCCUCACGAUGAGCGAUACGCAAUAGCAGAUGAAUAUCUCGAGGUGCUCUACAAGCUCUGGGAAGGAAGUUUCCGAGACGACGCCGUGCUCGCCGACCGACAGCUAGGAACAUACAUUGCUAGCGAUGGUGUGCGAGAGAUAAACCACAAAGGGAAAUACUUUGAUGUCCCUGGGCCUCAUUUCUGCGAGCCAUCGCCACAGCGUACGCCAUUCCUGUUCCAAGCUGGCGUGUCCGAGGCCGGUGGUCAAUUCGGUGGAAAGCACGGGGAGGCAAUCUUCAUCGGUGGUCAGACACCCGAGGGUACUCGCUUGACGGUGGAUAAUAUACGGAAUAUUGCCAAACAGCACGGCCGUGAUCCCAAUCAUAUCAAAGUCAUCGUGGGUAUCAACGUGAUUGUCGCAGCGACAGAUGAAGAAGCAAAGGCAAAGCGGGAGGAUUAUCUCCAAUAUGCCGAUGACGAAGGUGCAUUAGCUUUGUUUGGUGGAUGGACUGGAAUUGACCUGUCGAGUCAUGCUGAUGAUGAGGAUUUCCGGUUCAGCGACUCUCCGCGGGUCCAGUCCAUUGUUCGGAGAUGGUCUGCUACGGUGCCAGGCACGGAUAGCUUGCCAUGGACCAAACGGAGGAUUGUGGAGUACAUCAGUGUGGGGGGACUGCAGGCCAAGGUUGUUGGCAGUCCCACGACAGUUGCAGAUGGGUUGGAAAGAUGGGUGGAGAUAUCCGACGUGGAUGGUUUCAAUCUUGCCCAUAUUGUGAAUCCCGGAACUUUCGAAGAUAUCGUUGAGUUCUUAUUGCCUGAACUGCGACGGAGGGGGUGUUCAGAGAGGAUGUUGAGAAAGAAGGUGCUACAGCUCGCGAAGUGUUCAUUGGAUCGCAGCGUUUGCCAGAAGAUCAUCCUGGAAGCAAGUACAAGUGGCGGGCAGGGGAAACCAUUCCUCGGUAUCAGGAGAACUAAAGCCAUUCUUGUUUCGUCUACAUGCAUAUACAAGGUAUCUGGUUGA